UUCAUUGUUCAAGGGGAUGCUACAGAUAAACAUUUCAUCAUCUCAAGAAGCUAUAGCAUUGUUUUUUUUUUUUUUUAUCUCAUUUUCUGCAUUGUUGAGUCAGAAAUCCCAUUUUGCUUUUACCCUCAGAUCUCAUCUCAGGAUCCAUAACAUGACUUCCGCACGGAAUAAGCAUCCUUUGCCUCCUGCAGUUCAUUUCGUUAAGAUUAUUCUCACAACAAGUCUUGCAGAUGGAAUACUUCUUCCAAAAAAAUUCACUCGAAAAUACGGGGAUGGCAUGUCAAACCCGGUGUUUCUCAAGCCUGCAGAUGGCACUGAAUGGAAAAUACAUUAUACCAAGCAUGGUGGUGAGAUUUGGUUUCAAAAGGGUUGGAAAGAGUUUGCAACAUACUAUUCUCUAGAUCAUGGUCACUUGCUGUUCUUUGAAUAUGAAGGAACUUCUCAUUUUGAUGUGCACAUAUUUGACAGUAGUGCCCUUGAAAUAGACUAUCCUUCCCAUGGUACUCAUGAGGGAAAGGACAAUCUUGUGGAGAUCAGUGAUGAUUCGGUGGAAAUUUUGGGUGAGCAAUUUUCCUGCCAAAACACUAGAGGGUCAUCUCCUCAACCUUGUAAGAAAAUGAAAAAUAGCAUAACUACAAAUGUCGAAAGAAGCCCCAAUGUGGUAAACUUGCAUCAGCAUGUCCCAACUAUAAGUAAUAGCUCUCAAAAGGCAACAUUCAUGAAGCAAAUGUUAGAUGAAGAUGAUGGCAUAGGCAUUUUUAACACCGAAUACCCAAAAGUAGAGCAGUCAACUUCUACGGCUUUAAAAAAAGCCUCAACAUUCAGAUCUGAACAUCCCUUCUUCAGGCUUGUCAUGAAGCCAUCCUUUAUUAAUAGAUAUUACCUGGAAAUACCACCUCAAUUUGCCGAAAGAUAUUUGAAGAAAACACAUGCAAUUGUCAUCCUUGAGAUUUUGGAUGGGAGAACUUGGUCUGUUAUUUGUUCUGCAACUAGACUUACUGAGGGAUGGCAGAAAUUUGCAUCAGAAAAUAAUUUGAAUGUGGGGGAUGUUUGUGUUUUUGAACUGAUCCAGAAGAUCCAGGGCCUUUGUUUUAAGGUUUCCAUCUAUCAAGGUGCUGAAGAACCAAUUUGCCCCAUUUCACAAGCAUGUGCCGAUGGACUUUGUCAGAAAGCAUUUAGUAAACGUGAAGCAGAAGUUGAUGAUGAUACACUUUAGAAAGAAAUUGUGGCCGGUAAGGUUUGUCGUCCGUGAAAGUUCUACUGUUUCAGGCAAUCUCUCUACUGGUUGGGCCUGGUUUGUAAGAGAAAAUGAACUGCAACGUGGAGAUGUGUGUAUCUUUGAGCUUUUCAACAGAGAAGAUGCAACAUUUGAUGCUCAUGUUUUCAGAGGACACCGUGAGGUAAUGCAUUAGGGGGCUGCUGGCUUCUAUAAAGCUUUUUUUUUUUUUUAGUAUAGUAAAUGCUUCCAUAUCUCAACCAAAAGACGUAUAUCAAAGAAUUUAGUUUUAUCAAUCUAUGGUCUUUGAAUGAUAGCAUUGAUGUAUUUGUGCAUUUAUGACGUGCAUUUAUACCAAUUCUUAUCAAGUAAUUUGAUGUUAUA